AUGCCUGACUGGAAACUGCCUGCAUGCCACCCCGAGGCAAAGGAGUGAUUUAGAAAGGGCCGCAGGAUAUAUUCUGUUGGAGGGGUCACUCCCUAAAUACAGGGAAGGAAGGGGAGGAGUCUGAGCGGUGUCACAUGUCCCUCCUCUAAUAAAUCUCUGUGGCUCCUGGCUUGGCGGCAGGAGCUGGAAGGGCAGGGAGUAGUAGCUGCACGACCCUCGUUUUCCUCAUGACUUCGGUGACCAGAGCCGUGUUUGGUGACCUCCCCGCGGGGGCAGGGACAGUGGAGAAGUUCCAGCUACAGUCAGACCUGCUGAAAGUGGACAUCAUCUCCUGGGGCUGCACCAUCACAGCCCUGGAGGUCAAAGACAAGCAGGGAAGAGCCUCAGACGUGGUGCUCGGCUUUGCCGAGUUGGAAGGGUACCUCCAGAAGCAGCCUUACUUUGGAGCAGUGGUUGGGAGGACAGCCAACCGGACUGCCAAGGGGACAUUCGUAUUGGAUGGGAAGGAGUACAAGCUGGCCAUCAACAAUGGGCCCAACAGUCUGCACGGAGGACUUAGAGGGUUUGAUAAGGUCCUUUGGACCCCUCAAGUGCUGUCAAAUGGUGUUCAGUUCUCACGCAUCAGUCCAGAUGGUGAGGAGGGCUACCCUGGAGAGUUGAAAGUCUGGGUGACGUACACACUGGAUGGUGGGGAGCUCGUGAUCAACUACAGAGCACAGGCCAGUCAGACCACACCAGUCAAUCUGACCAACCAUUCUUACUUCAACCUGGCAGGCCAGGGUUCUCCGAAUAUAUAUGACCAUGAAGUCACUAUAGAAGCUGAUGCUUUUUUGCCUGUGGAUGAAACCCUGAUUCCUACAGGAGAAAUUGCUCCAGUGCAAGGAACUGUAUUUGACCUGAGGAAGCCAGUGGAGCUUGGAAAGCACCUGCAGGAGUUCCACAUUAGUGGUUUUGACCACAAUUUCUGUCUGAAGGAAUCUAAAGAAAAGCAUUUUUGUGCAAGAGUCCAUCAUGCUGGAAGCGGGAGGGUGCUGGAAGUGUACACCACCCAGCCUGGGGUCCAGUUUUACACGGGCAACUUCCUGGAUGGCACGCUGAAGGGAAAGAAUGGAGCAGUUUAUCCGAAGCACUCCGGUUUCUGCCUCGAGACCCAGAAUUGGCCCAAUGCCGUCAAUCAGCCCCACUUCCCUCCUGUGCUGCUGAGGCCCGGUGAGGAGUACAAUCACACCACCUGGUUCAAGUUUUCUGUGGCUUAAGGAAGUGUGAAGACAUGAGCUGCUCUAGGGCCAGGUUGGCAGCUUCCUUGGCAGCCUGCUUCCCAUACAGAGAUGAGGUGAAGAUUUAGAGGCUUUAAACGUGAUCCUGUGAACUGAAAUCAUACAAAUGGUAGCUGUCAUAAUCAUCAGUCUCAGUAUUGAUUCCCUAGGAGCUUUUCCGGUGAUUUCCUCCAGGCCAUGCUUGAUGACCAGCCCUAGUCUCUGUGUAGUUCAGAGGGCAGGGGAACUCAGCCACCAAUGCCAUGAUCUAAGCCCUGCCAUUAGCCCAGCAGAGCUAGCCAGGACCCUCAGCUUUACUGGGUCCAUCUCUCUACCCUGCCUUUUUUAUUUUUUCCUGUUUUUCACCUUUCCUUUCUUUUAUCCUACUCAUUCCUUUUCUUUUUCCUCUCCUCUACCUCAAACCACCUUACCCUUGUGCAGCACUUGCGAGUUUUCAAGGGUCAUGUUCAUAGUGGCAAAUGGAGUCCUCUGCCUCUAUAUAAGGCAGUAGAGAUUGAGUGAUGAGGGAGCUGAGGCCUAGAGAAGUGACGUGACCCACCCACAGUUUUCGCCAGGACUUGAGCUCAGACCAUAUGAAUUCAAGUUCCCCUCUUUACCUGCUUUUCUACCUUGGUCUGCCAGAGCAUUCCCAGGUCACUGAUGGCCAAAGAGGGGUCUGACCCCUGCUCUAAUUGUCAGAACUAGCUUUCUCACUUUUAUGAGAAGCCAUGGAAUUUAACUGUCUCGUAGCUCAGGAAGAAUUUGUAAUUUAUGUUCUCUGCCUUUGGAGUAAACUACAAAAGCCAGCCAAGCCAUGGGAAUAAAGCAAGCUAUUGGAGACAGGAGAUGUGUUAGUGUCAGGAAUGUAUUUUGCCUUCUGAAACUCAGUGAGGAUUACACACUACAUGGGAAGUACAUGUGUUGUUAUGUAGACAUGGCUGGGGCCUCCCUCCUUUCCUGAAUAAUCAAAUCAUUGGUGAGUGCUUUGGGUUGGUGAUUUUUAAAGAAAUAUGUUUUAUAUUUUUAUAUACUAGCAAUCAGUUCAAAUAAAACCAAAAUCUGUACCUUCUGAAGACUCCAGUUCCUGCACUCAUCUUUUUAAAUCCAUCAGCCAUGGACCUUUAGGAAAUGGAUAAAGUAUAUGGUGUGUUCUGGAUUCUACUGUGCUUUCCAAUAUGAGCCCUGGCAUAUUCCUAGAGGAAAGAGCUACCUAAAGGGAAGUCCCCUCAGCUUAUCAUAACUUCCUCUUUCUUAGCAACAAUAAUAAACCAAAGAUAUUGUUUACUUUUUAA